UUCUGUCACUCGCAAGGAAUUUUCGGUGGUUGUCGGACGUAUAGUUUGCUCUGCUCGUGUAUUAUUUUAAAAGAGAAUUAUUACUUAUUGAAAUGCAUUUUUUUAAAACGAAAUAAUAAACAAGGUGUUGUGUGAUAAAAUGUGUUUUUUACGAUUCAUGAAAAGCGAUUUUAUGAAAUUAGACCUGUUUGUGUUGUGUGUAUUGUCUUUAAUUUUCGGAUAAAAGUGCCUAACGAAAUUUAUUGUUCGAUUAUUUUUUCUUCUUCUUCCGAAUUGGAUAACAUUUCAAAGAAACAAAACAUCAUAUUCCAAAAAGGUUGCUCUGCGAAUUAAAUUUUUUUUUUUCGUUUUGGGGAAAAGGCUCGCCCAUUUUUACAUACAUGAGAGUGUUACACCGACGAUUGUAAAUAACAACUUGGAUUAUUCGGCUGAAUUUUGAACGAAAAACCAAUCAUGAAUCGACCGCAACAACCACCACCACUUACAAUGGCAGAAAAUGAAGCGGCCGCACUGGCUGCCGAAAUGUUCGAUCACUUCAGUUCGGCCACAACAAUGCGACAAAUACUGGGCCUCUAUCGGAACAUGUGCGAUACGAUCGGACUGCGUCCGGGGCCGUUAAACGAAUUCUAUCCGAAAUUGAAAUCGAAAAUAAAGAGUUGGAAGGCACAGGCGUUAUGGAAGAAAUUCGAUGCACGUGCACUGCAUCGUGUGUACAAUAAGGGAACAGCGUGUAAUGGUACUAGAGUAUUGGUGAUUGGUGCGGGUCCUUGCGGAUUGCGAACAGCCAUCGAAGCCCAACUGCUGGGUGCCAAAGUUGUUUUAGUAGAGAAACGAGAUCGAAUAUCACGAAAUAAUGUUUUACAUUUAUGGCCAUUCCUGAUAACGGAUUUGAGAAAUCUGGGUGCAAAGAAAUUUUAUGGGAAAUUUUGUGCUGGUUCUAUCGACCAUAUUUCGAUUAGACAGUUGCAGUGUAUACUGCUGAAAGUAGCUUUAUUGUUAGGUGUCGAAGUGCACGAGGGUGUUUCCUUUGAGAACACCAUCGAACCAAAGGAUGGGUGCGGUUGGCGGGCACAGGUCUCGCCCGAAGAUCAUGCCGUGUCACAUUACGAAUUCGAUGUACUGAUUGGUGCUGAUGGUAAACGAAAUACGUUGGAGGGUUUUAAGCGUAAGGAAUUUCGUGGCAAAUUGGCUAUUGCCAUAACCGCAAACUUUAUCAAUAAGAAAACGGAAGCCGAAGCAAAAGCGGAAGAAAUCAGUGGCGUAGCUUUUAUUUUUAACCAAUCAUUCUUCAAAGAAUUGUAUCAAACGACUGGGAUUGAUUUAGAGAAUAUUGUUUACUAUAAGGACGAGACUCACUACUUUGUAAUGACAGCAAAGAAGCAUAGUCUUAUCGAUAAAGGAGUAAUUGUGCAGGACUUUUCCGAUCCUGCUGAACUUCUAUCCGCUGUCAAUGUCAAUACCGAACGACUGUUGGACUACGCUAAAGAAGCAGCUGAAUUUUCAACAAAAUAUCAAAUGCCAAACCUCGAAUUUGCCGUAAAUCAUUACGGUAAACCGGAUGUGGCCAUGUUCGAUUUCACCUCAAUGUUUGCGUCGGAGAUCUCCUGCCGUGUAACGGUUCGGAAAAACUAUCGACUACUUCAAUGUCUGGUCGGCGACAGUUUAUUGGAACCGUUUUGGCCAACGGGUUCUGGCUGUGCACGAGGAUUUCUCUCCAGCAUGGACGCCGGAUAUGCAAUAAAAUUGUGGAACAAUCAACGAAAUAGUAUUCUUGCCGUGUUGGCACAACGCGAGAGUAUCUAUCGGCUACUCGCUCAAACCACACCCGAAAAUUUGCACAGAGACAUUGGUUCAUACACUUUAGAUCCGGCGACGCGUUAUCCGAAUUUGAAUCGUUCAGCCGUUACCGUUCAUCAGGUCAAACAUUUAUUGAACACUGACGAUCCGGCGCUGCUCGAACAAACUUUCAUGGAUAGCAAUGCAUUACAAUUGGUGCCCGAUCAACCGAUGCGACGCAAACGCAGAACUGGCGAUACCGUUCCGCUAUCGACCGUGCUACUGCGAUGGAUACGUGCCCAGCUAAAUUCACAUGAUUUCAUUCAGAAUUUAACUGACGUGUCCGAAUGCUUUACCAAUGGUCAAGUGCUUUGUGCACUAAUCAAUCGUUACCGUCCGGAUCUAGUCGAUCUAGCUUCACUAAGGGAUUGCAGCGUGAAGGAAUGCAAUGAGUUGGCGUUCAAGAUUAUUGAAGUUGAGCUACGCAUACCGCCAGUGAUGACGGCAGCUGAUUCGUUAACACUGGAAAAUGUUGAUCCAAAAUUGUGGUUAACCUAUUUGGAGCAGAUUUGUGAGGUGUUCAGAGGCGAAAUACCUCAUGUUAAACAUCCGAAAUUGGAUUUCGCAGAAUUGAAAGAAAAGCAGCAAGGAAACAAAGUUCCUGACUUUUCACGCUUAUUGAAGUUUACAUCUAGAAAAGUCAAAUCACCAUCGGAAGAUGUCGAUAUGGCUGGUAAUACAAGAAGUGCUAUCGAUGAUGACAGAGGUAGAAGGUCGAGAAAAUUGCUUCCAGAAAGUUCUGCAGGGCUUCUGAACGAAUCAACUUCUCGACGGGCCAAGAAGAGGAGAAGCCAUGAAAAAUUCGGAAAUGUGGAAGAACGAAUGAAACGACUUCAAGAGAUUGAAGCGAAUCGUAACGAUCGACAGAACAAGCGGCGCUUGCAACGUGCUCAACAGACGCAAAAUUUCUAUAAAAGUUUGCACAUGUUGCAAGCGAACACAUUGCUGCGCGAAAGCGACAGUUCUAGUCCGUUUGAAGAUUACUCGAUUUUUUUGUAUCGUCAAUCGGCGCCCGAGUUCAACGAUCGAGUGAAAGAGCUGGAGCGAAAGCUAUUGUAUCCAGAUCGCGAACGAGGUAUCGCUUCGGCAUCACUGCGCAACACCGGUCCCGACGAUCAAUUCAACGAUCGCAUUAAAUCAAUGGAAAAGCAAAUAGCGGCCAAAACUGGUGCCGCCACCGACAAGAAGCCGAAAGACCUGUUACGUGCCAUCGGUAAAAUCGAAUCGAACGAUUGGAAUAUUCGAGAAAUCGAAAAGAAAAUCGAACAAUCCAAGAAAACGGAAGUGGGCAAGAGCAGGGAAAAGGUGCCAAAGUGGAGCAAGGAACAGUUCUUGCAACGGCAAAAUAAAAUGGCCCGUCCGUUGGAUGCGGAUGCGGUGGAUGAGAAAUUCAAGGAGAUUGAUCAAACGAUUAAGAAUUUGGACAAGCAGUUGAAGGAAGGCACGGUAUUGGAGCGCGGUGAAAGAGGCAAUAACAAGGUGGCAUCGAUUGCGGGUAGUUUCAAGAAGAAGGAGAACACUCAACCGGAAGACAAGGGCAUCCAAAAAUCGAACUCAAAAUCCGCCUUGGUAUUCAACACUCCAGCUGUAUCUGAAAUUUGUCAUUUUUGCAAGCAAAAAGUCUAUUUAAUGGAAAAGAUUACAGCUGAAGGACUUGUGUUGCAUAGAGCUUGCCUAAAGUGUCAUCAUUGCCAUACUAGUUUACGACUCGGUGGCUAUGCAUUCGAUCGGGACAAUCCUCAAGGACUUUUCUAUUGUACACAACAUUACCGCCUUCCUGCCAAAGUAAUGCGACCAAUACCGAAGAAAUCUCUGUCCCGUCAAAAAAUCAGAAACGAAACCGAUUCCAGUUCAAAAAUCGAAACGACACCCGAAAGAAUUCGACUAGAGGGCAUUGCCAAUUUGGACCUUCUGAACCGAGGUCAAACGCCGGAACGAAUCGAAUUCGAAAAUGCAACUGCAAUGUCUGACGGCGAACCGUCGCUGGAGAAUAUCAUCGAUGAAAAUGAGUGGACGGAUCGUAAUUUCGGUUCGGGUACGGAUGAAUCAUCGGAAAUUUACAGUUCGGAUUCGGAAUCGGAUUCGGAUCUCGACAACUACGAAGAGGCAAUGGAGUCACCACUGGGUGCACAGACUCUUCAGUUGGCCACCGAUUGGAUUGGCAAACAAAGGUAUUCUUCGAACCAGUAUAGCGACGAUGACGAUAGCGAUGAUGACGAGUUCUACGAUUCGAGUGAAGAUGAUGAAGCAGAUAGCCAGACAGAGGGAGAAGAAUUGGAAAAGGCUCGCGAAAUUCGCAUGCAAGAAGUCAAAUUGAAGCCACUUCCUUACCUAGCAACCGACACCGAAACUGAGAUUCAAAGCGACUCCGAAUCCUCAUCGCCGAUUGUUGAACUGAAUUCUGCAACCGAAAUAUCAACAGACUCCGAAUUCGAACAAGAUCCAGUUAAAUUUCCGCCGCCAAAUAUCGUUAUUGAUGACACCCAUCUGAGGAAGCCAACCAAAGUUCAGAUCAAACAAACGACAAUUGAGAAUGGCAUAAAACGUCCAUCCCCAACAACUACCUCAACGAAACCGUCAUUUGCUCAGCACAAACGCGACUUGGAGCAGCAAAAUGAAUUUAAACCGCUUGUACAAGUCGAUCCAUCCGUACUAUCGUCUAGUCGUAUGCCACUUCGGAAUCCCCGUCCUGGUGACUAUUUAUUGAAUAAAACCGCCAGCACCGAAGGAAUUGCAUCUAAGAGAAGCUUGGAAUUGAAGAAACGUUAUCUGCUAGGUGAAUCCAUAUCCGGUGGCAUCAUGAAAUCGGACUCAACGUCCGUAUUGGAUUCGAAAUUUAAGAAUUUCCAUUCCAACAUUUCCGAAUGUCAAAAGUUGUUGAAUCCGUCGACGGAUUCGGUGAUGCAAAGUUUUAUCAAAAAUACAACGCCAGCCAAAUCGCCGUUGGUCGGUAGCAAAGAGAUGGAUGAAAAGAAUUCUGAUGAGAAGGAGAAUGUCUACGGGAAAUUUGUGAUAGAUAAAAAUGAAAUCAACAAAACGGACAUUGUGUCCAAUUCGGAUGCAUUGAAGAUAUCCGAUUUGACGGAAACCAUCAACACAACAUUAGUCGAUAAUAAAAUACGCGAAAUGUCCCCGAAAAUCGAAAUCAUUGAUCUAGUGACGCCGGAAAAGGUGGAACCAAUUAUUGAUCUCAGUCGCAUUGAGCUGUCCGAGAAAAUGGUCAAACGAAAUCAGAAAUUCAUCAACGAAUUGGAUGUGAACGACGACGAGAUUGAGGUGAUUGAUUUAACUGGCGACAGUCCGGCCAAAGAUCGUGCCCCCGAUGAUGAAGCAACAAAAGACAUUGACGUGCCAGCGCCAAUCAUCGAAGUUAAAUCCGAAUCAUUGGCUGAAAAAAGCAAGUCGGCCAUCGAUUCAAUGCUAAGCCAAAGCAAUGAUUCUAAGAAAAGCCGUCCGGUUGAGGAUGAAGCACGACCGCGUAGCCCCGCUCAAGAAACAUCGAUCAGAGUUCCGAAUAUUCCGUGGAGUGCUAAAAAGAUGAAUUCCGAUUUAGAAUCGGACAGCUUGUCAUCGAGUACGUCCAGCAGUGUCGAUGAUAUUCCACAUUUUAUUUUGGACUCAACAACUAGUCCAGACACUCAACCGGGUGAUCUGCCACGAUUAGAAGUACGCGACACAUCUGGUGAACUGAUGCAGAUUGACAGUCUGAUGAUAAUCGACGGAAAGUAUGUUGGUGAUCCCGAGGAUCUGAAACACAUGAAAAUGCCGGAUGGCACAAGAGUGACGGAACAAUUGACUGGUGAAGUGAAAUGUGAUAAAGUGGUUCUGGAGAAGAAGAUCCCGCGGUACGAGUCUUUCAGUCAUCGGAAACCUGAUUUAAAAUUCGAUACAAAGAAUGAGAACAAGAUUGACACACUGAAAAACAUUCCGUUGGUGCUACCGGCUGUCGAAGCAAACGCAUCUACCACAGAGAAAAUUGUAAAGCCGUCAGUGUUGCACUUAUCGGAUACCAUGUCGUUGAACAAAGAUUUGGACGACAUGGACAAAACUCCAACGGCAGCUACGUAUGCAGAAUCCACAAAAUCAGAUUCAGAAACUGAAUUUACGGGACAAGUACUUACCGAAACGGAAUUAUCCGAUUGGACCGCAGAUGAUGCUGUGUCCGAGAACUUCGUUGAUAUUGAAUUCGUUCUGAAUUCCAACAAGGGAACGAUCAAACGAAAAAAAUCGAAGAAGAAGCUGUCUAGUCAUAAAACGCAUAUUACCGAGACAGAGACACCAAAAAUAUGUCCCAUCGUCAACAAGGAACUUGAUUUCGAAGGAAUUGAAUUCAUGGACACAGGAUCAGAAGACAGUUGUCUGGAGACGUACUCAGCGACGAAUAAGGCAAUGUUGAAGAAUCGGGGUUACGUUCAAUUUGUUGAGAAUAAUUCGAUCAAAGGAGCAUCAAGCUAUAAAAGUGAUGCCGGUUACGGCAGCUCUCCGAAGGAGUCAUUCGAAUCUAAAUCCUUCAAAACUCCCAAUUCUUUGGAGAUUCACGAGGCAGUCAACAAAGAAGUGGCUGGCAUCGAUUAUAUCGAACAAGGAGCUUGUGUAUUAGCGAAUGACAUCGAUCUAAAAACACCCAUGAACGAAGUUCCGCCAAUGUUCAACGUUAAAAAGCCAUUCGAUAUGCCAGCAGACAGUUUAAAUGACAUCGACGAUGACAGUCUGUUAAUGAUUGCCUCUCAGGGUACAACAACAGAAGAUAGUGAUGCCUUGACUGUAGUUACGAGUCCUGUUGAUUCAACCCCGAAAAAUGUGGACACUCCGAAUUCGGACCGAAGGGAUAUGUUUAACGAAAGUAGCCCACCCAAGGAAAACAAUUCAUAUGACACAACAACAUCCAAAGAAUCCAGAACACCGACACGUAAACAAUCAUUGGAGGAAUCGGGUACACCGAAUCGUCGUAAAGAUUCCGAUGAGUGUACGUACGAGGAAUAUGUGCGGAAACUUCAAAUGAAAAUUAGCCAAAUCAGUAAUGCGCGUGAUUCAAUUGACAUUCGGAAAACUAGAAGGAAAUCGUCGAAGGGAGAUAAUAGCGGCAACGAACAGACGCAGCAAUCCAAUUCUGUGAUAGAUAGCAAUAAGUCAUUAAGUGUAUUUGUAAAUAAGCCCGCAGUGGAUGCGACAUCACCAAUUACGGUAAUGGAACGUUUGGAGGAGAUCACUAAGGAGCGCACCAAGCAAAAAGAUCUUAUCCAUGAACUGGUCAUGGACAAGCUCCAGAGUAAAAAACAAUUGAAUGCCGAGAAGCGAUUGAAUCGAAGUCGUAACCGUUCGAGUAUGUUUAGUCCGGGAAAUUCGCCACAGGCUCCACCACACAUUGGAACGGCAUGCAGUAAUGGACCCCAUUUCCAUAUCGGACAAACAGAGCGACCGGAUAAACUGGUGAACUCUUCCGAUCGCUGGAACAUUACCAAAACCCCAUAUUCAAUUUCGAAACUGGACAGCGCGUCGACAACACGAAAGGAUCGACCGUUCAGUGAUGUUGUUGAAACACCAAUCAAAGAACUUCCAAAAAUAUUGAAAACUCAAUCGUUUUGUGUUUACUCAACGCCAAGUAUUUAUUCGAUUAAAACCGAUGGACCGAGCCAAUAUCUGGGCAAUGGCAACGAGUUCACUACACCGGUACCGCCACCACGUCGUAAGAUCGACGAUACGGUAACGCAAACUGAAAAGCUGCGGCAAGAUGCUCGAGCCAGAGCGAGACUCAAAUCAAAUCAGGAUCUUGGCCUCAGUCCGGAUGAGAAAAUUCAACUGCUGCGCAAACGAUUCAAUCUGGAUCACUUAGCUGAUGAAAUCACGAGGAACAAGUGCGAUGAUAUGAAGAUUCGUGAGCGGAAAAUGAUGACAUCGAAGAGCGUAAACGAUAUAUCGGAAACGACGAGUCAGGAGCAUGUGAACGAUCACAAUUUCGGUUCAUCGAAAACGCAGUACAAGCAGAACGAUUUUACGUCCGAUCCGAAUUUGGCUGAAGAGGAUGGUGGCCAGAAGCGAAGGCAUCGUAACAAAGAUCCGGAACGCAGAAAGAGUAUCAUUCGAGCCGUGUCUGAUUUCUUCCAUAAGAAGCGAGACAGUAAGGAAACAUCACCGACCAAUGGCAAAGAAAAGUCGGAAGGAAUGUUUGGACGAUUCAGGCUGUCACCCAAAUCGAAGGCCAAGUCUUGCUUUGACGUUCGGAAUUAUUCGGGUUUUGGUGACAAAGACGAACCAGCCACACAGCAUGAACGCAGUAAAUCGGAAGACUAUUUAAAAAUCGAUCUAAAUGCCAAACAAUACGAAGAGGAAGCUCCACCAAUACCGCCUCUACCGAUCAAUUAUCAACGAUCUGAUGAUGAAAGCUGCUCUGCGAACGAAAGCCGCAAGUUGAAAGCGCAUACAAAGGCAUCGAGACAAGCGGAAUUGAAGAGACUUCGUAUAGCACAGGAAAUCCAGCGGGAGCAGGAAGAGAUUGAAGUGAAACUCAAGGAUUUAGAGGCACGUGGUGUACUAUUAGAGAAAGCUUUGCGUGGCGAAGAGCAGAAUCUGGAAGUUGCCGACUACAAUGGCAUCAGUGUCGGAGCUAACGAUGAGAAACUGCUCAAGGAACUGCUAGAAAUAUGGCGGAACAUAACACAGUUGAAGAAACGAGAUGAUGAGCUGGGAAUCAGACAGCAAGAGCUGAAGUUGGAACACCGACACGCACAAUUGAAAGAGCAGUUGAAUACUCGACUAUCUUGCAGUAAACUCGACAAAAGCUCUUCAGAUGUUGCUGCCGAGGGUGCCAUUCUGAAUGAAAUGCUGGAAAUAGUAGCCAAACGAGCCGCUCUACGACCAUCGGAUACAAUGCCGCAUAGCAGCUCGCAAAUGGUCGAUGGUCUCGAAUCAGAUAUUUGAACUCCCCGGAAAAUGAGAGAUAGAAAAAGGUCGAUGAACGAACAAAAAGUAAAGCUUAAAAGUUUAAAUUUUAAAUGAAAACAUAAUAAAUGCAGGGAUCUUAAUAAUUUAAUUAUUUCUGGAAGAACAACGUCAUCAUCCUUCGAGUAUUUUUCGAACAUAGAAAAACGAAUAUGUUUUAGAGAGAAAAAGAGAGAGAGAGAUAGAGAAGAAGAAGGAAAAGUCGCUUACAAUAAUAGUUAAUCACCGAAAUUAUACUUAAAUAAGUUAAAAAUUGAAAUAGACAACUUGUGAUUAAAUUUUGAGUUUAAGUAAAACAAAUUGACAACCAAGGUGAGACAAAAAAAAAUUAUUUCAAUUUGCUGGGAUAUUUAUUGCCGGCAAAAUUUAAGCUAUUGUACAAUUAAUAUCGAGAUCAUGGAAUGAAAGUUUUUUUUUUAAAUUAAUUUGAAGAAAAUAAUCCACUUUUAAUAACCGCAUCUCAAACGGAAAACAAAAUACUUUUAAAUUUAUUGCUUCAUGCCAAUGUGUUAUAGAAUAUAUUGAAUGUAAUGCAUAAUAAUUAAUAUGAUACCUUACCUUUACAACAACAAAUUACUGUCACAAUAAAUAAUGGAAAGGUUUAUUAUAAAAAAAAAAAUUAAAAAAAGGAAGGC